AUGGACUUCGUUGUGGGAGGCCUGGCAGGAGUUGGAGCGGGGUUUUUCAGCAACCCGUUUGAUGUUGUCAAGACUCGUAUGCAGUUGCAAGGAGAGCUCAGAGCUCGGGGAAAACAUGCGGUCCAUUAUAAAAAUGUGCCACAUGCAAUGUUUAAUAUAGUGAAACAUGAUGGCAUUGCCGCUUUGCAGAAAGGACUAGUGCCAGCUCUGUGGUUCCAACUAGUUGUCAAUGGGGUAAGAUUAGGCAUCUACCAACAAGCGGACAACUAUGGCUUCCUUAGGGAUAAGGACAACAACACACAAUUUGUGAACAGUCUCUUCUUUGGCUGUGUGUCAGGGAUGUGUGGAGGACUGUGUGGUAGUCCACUACAGCUGGUGAAGACCCAGCUGAUGUCCUACUCCUCACAGAAGAUAGCAGUAGGCACUCAGCAUGCCCAUCCAGGCAUGAUGUAUGCUUUUCAGAAAAUCUACACCAAGAAUGGUUUAUCUGGAUUGUGGAGAGGUGCCCAUGGAAUGAUGAUGAGGAAUUCCAUUGGAUCUGCAUCUCAAAUUGCUUCUUUUGCUGUCUGUAAAGAAUGGAUGGACAAUAACAAUCUGUUUCAACAAUCCAAGUAUCUGUCAGCUUUCGUAGCGAGCAAUAUAGGAGCGUUGGUGAAGACUGUGUUCCUGAACCCCAUGGAUGUCAUCAUGACCCGGCUUUAUAAUCAAGCUGUUGACGCAAGCGGCCGAGGGGUUAUGUACGCGGGCAUAGCCGAUUGCGCGCGAAAAAUCGUCAAGGCGGAAGGCCUAUUGGCCUUUUGCAAAGGCAUGGGUCCCUCUUACCUUCGCCAAGCACCUCAUACAGUGCUUCUAUUAGUUUUCUGGGAUAUGCUAAAAGAUCUGCAAAAAAGUAUUAAACUUCACGCAUAG